AAAUUACUACACAGUUUGACUUCAAUUAGAACCGCUGACCUCCGGACAGACCACCGGCGGCGAUAGCACCGGAAGCCCGUUCCGCUUUCUAUGAGGACAACCUUCGUCUCCAGAGUUUUCGGUACCUCACCAAGGAAAAAACCGUUCUACCUUCUCAUCAUCUCCGCCACCGGCGCCGCUGCUCUUACUUACCACCAUACUCUAAACCCUCACCUGCUCCCCUCGCACUCUGAUCGACGCUCUCCUCUCUACUACAUCACUACAUCAUUGAACGGUGCCGUUCGGUCCUCUCGCUCUCUCUAUACUAUUACUGCGAAUGUUGUCGACUACAAGUACUCGUUACAAGGGUUAUCGCCGAAUACAGAUGAAUAUAGAAGAAUUUUAUCUGAGGUUCAUCUACGCUCAGCCAAGAGGAUAUUAAAAUUAUGUGAAAUCAACCAAGGGUUCUACAUCAAAGCUGGUCAAUUUGUAGCAUCCAUGCGACAAGUUCCCAAAGAAUACUCAUCUACUCUUGCAUCAUUGCAGGAUCAGGCAGUUCCAUGUUCUUUUGAAGCUAUAAAAGAAGUACUAAUCAGCAAUCUUGGGUCAGACUUAAAAGAGAUUUUUUUGUCUAUUGAUGAAAAACCUAUUGCUGCUGCAUCCAUAGCUCAAGUGCAUCGUGCAUUGUUGAAAAACCAUCAAGAAGUAGUGCUUAAGGUCCAAUAUCCUGGUUUGAAAGAUCGGAUGAGAAUGGACAUUGCAACCAUGUCUCUACUCUCCAAAUGUGUCACAUGGUUUUUUCCUGAAUAUCGGUUUCAAUGGAUGGUAUCAGAAUUUUCAGAGGUGAUUGCUUUGGAACUUGAUUUCAUUCAGGAGGCAAGAAAUUCAGUUAGAACUGCCAUGAACUUUAAGCAUAGUAGCAGAAUCAUAAUCCCCAAGGUUUUUCAGGAGCUAACCACUAGCCAGGUUUUGACAAUGCAGUAUUGCAAGGGACGAAGGGUAGAUGAUUUGGAAUUUAUUCGGGAAAUGGGAAUUGAUCCAAAAAAGGUUGCAAAAGUGUUGGUGGAAGCAUUUGCUGAAAUGAUAUUUGUCCAUGGUUUUGUGCAUGGAGAUCCACAUCCUGGCAAUAUACUGGUUUCCCCAGAUGAAAAACAAGGCUUUUGUUUAGUUGUUCUUGAUCAUGGGAUCUAUACAAGUCUAGAUGAAGAAUUUAGAGUAAACUACUGCCAACUUUGGAAAGCACUGAUUCUUUUGGACUCGCAUAAAAUCCAACAAGUAGGCCAACACUUUGGUAUUGGGAAAUACGCUAAAUAUCUUCCCCUCAUUUUCACAGGAAGAACAAUCAACAGUAAAGCUGGUUUUGGGAACGGAAUGUCGGUUGAAGAAAAAACAAAUCUGAAACAGGAAGUAAAAUCGCUUACAGCUGGCAAUAUAUCAGAAUUUAUGGAAUCUUUACCCUCAGAAUUUCUUACAGUAUUGUGUACAGAUGCACUUAUCAGGUCAUUAACUAGCAAGCUUGGUUCUCCUCCACGUGUAAGGGUCCUAGUUUAUGCCAACUUUGCAUUAGAUGGUCUAUCCUCAAAGUCGAAUCUUCAUUCAGAUUUUGAAUUGAAAGGUGUAUGGACCAGAAUCAUGCCAAGCAUUAAUCAUCUUCAACUCAGGCUCUUACUUGGGGUAUUGCGGUUGUUGUAUUGGUUCGGGGAUACAAGACAGGCGCUCAUGUCAUGGUUAAAACAAGUUACAUUCUUAAUGAAUCGACUUAUCAUUCUGGAGUAAAAAGUGUGUAUAUUGGUAAAUAGCAAGCUUUUGGUG